GAAUAGUGUGCCAUCACUUUCCUAUGCAGUAGCAGGAUACGUCACGCAAGAGGGAAAGAAAGAAAACAAAAAGAAGGAAAGCGAUCAAUUGAAGCCAUCGAGAACUGGAGAAAACAAUUCGAGAUAGACACGUAUACUGAGAGGAGAUAGAAAAAGGGAAAUUAUUACUUGGUUUCAGUAUUGGGGUUGGGGUAAUUUUUGGAACAAUCUUGUUUCUGAAUUAAUUCUCGUUAACAUGGCGAUGAAGAGGCCUUUACAGUGUAUGUUGAGAAGAAUUUGCGUGAGAGGAAGUUUCAGAAGUUUUAGUGCUCUUCCUGAAGGCAACCCAUCUUCCCCUUCUCAAAACCUCAUCAACCUCGAGUCCCAGUGCAGUGCCCACAAUUACCAUCCGAUUCCGAUCGUUUUUUCUAAAGCUAAGGGUUCAUCCGUCUGGGAUCCAGAAGGGAAAAAAUAUCUUGAUUUCCUCUCAGCUUAUUCUGCUGUCAAUCAGGGACACUGUCAUCCAAAGAUCAUGAAAGUAUUAGCAGAACAGGCUCAAAUGCUCACUCUCAGUUCUCGUGCCUUCUAUAACGAUAAGUUUCCGGUAUUUGCAGAAUGUAUAACCAGCAUGUUUGGAUAUGAUAUGGUGCUACCUAUGAACACUGGUGCAGAAGGGGUAGAAACAGCUCUUAAGCUGGCAAGGAAAUGGGGUUACAUGAAGAAACGCAUACCCAAAAAUGAGGCUCUCAUUGUCUCAUGCUGUGGCUGCUUCCAUGGUCGGACGUUGGCUGCAAUCUCCAUGAGUUGUGACAAUGAAGCUACUCAUGGGUUUUGGCCCCUAUUACCUGGGCAACUUAAAGUCGAUUUUGGAGAUUCUAUUUCCCUUGAAAAAUUAUUUAAAGAAAAAGGAGAUCAGAUAGCUGGCUUUUUGUUUGAACCAAUUCAAGGAGAGGCUGGGGUUAUAAUUCCGCCAGAAGGUUACCUGAAGGCUGUUAGAGAUCUUUGCUCGAAGUACAAUAUUUUGAUGAUUGCUGAUGAAAUACAAAGUGGCUUGGCACGCUCUGGCCGAUUGCUGGCUUCUGAUUGGGAAGAAGUUCGUCCAGAUGUUGUUAUAUUGGGAAAAGCAUUAGGUGGUGGAGUCUUGCCUGUGAGCGUGGUGCUUGCAGAUAAAGAUGUUAUGCUUUGCAUUCAGGCUGGAGAGCAUGGAAGCACCUUUGGGGGGAAUCCAUUGGCCAGUGCAGUUGCAAUUGCAUCUUUAGAUGUGAUUAGAGACGAAGGACUUGCAGAGAGGUCUGCUCAAAUGGGAGAGCAACUUAGACAUCAGCUGAUAAAGAUUCAGCAGCAAUUUCCUCAUUUCAUAAAAGAAGUUCGAGGGAAAGGCCUAUUCAAUGCUGUGGAGCUUAAUAGCAAGUCCUUAUUACCUGUGACAGCUUAUGACAUAUGUAUGAAACUGAAGGAGAGAGGAAUUCUUGCUAAACCAACUCAUGAUUCUAUAAUACGCUUGACACCCCCGCUGUCAAUGAGUUUGGAGGAGCUCCAGGAAGGCUCUAAUGCCCUGCAUGAUGUUUUGGUACAUGAUCUACCAAAGAUGCAGAAAGAGAAGCCAGCAAGAGUCUCCCAUGCUACCUCCAGUGUGUGUGACCGGUGUGGCCGUGACUUAUAUGGCUCUUCAUAAGAUAUUGAAACCUGAAGUAGCUCCCACAUAGCAGUAGGCUUGUAUGCUUUUUCUAUACUAUCAUUUCAUAUCAAUUCAUAUACUCACCUUUACGUCUUCGUAGAAAGUAUCAUCACAAUACUACAGAUAUCUGAUUUAUACUAGAAAUCAGAACUGAACUACUUAUAUAUGUGAGUUCUUGGAUACCGAGAAAUGCAAAUGAAGUUGUCUGUUCUCUGAGUA